GUCCGAGAUUUCGUGAGCGGGUUUGUCAAAUACUUCGGGCAGCAAUAUACUUCAGUAGUUUGUUUUCGCUAAUAUUUCGUGAUAAAAAUGUGGGAGAACGUACCUGAUUUUCUGGAGCUAUUCAGGAACUUUCCUGUUUCCAUAUCAGUUCUGUUUGUGGUACCAAUAGUUCUACUGAGUGGCCCUGCUUCACCUGUCAUGGCCGCGCACGAGUUUCCAGUAUUCAGAAUGCAACAAUUUGACCUUCACCAAACUCAAAGCGGUAAGUCUUCACCGAUGAAUAAAUCAUUAAUACAAAAAUAAUGCUGAAUCUUCCAUCCUAAAGCAAUACAAUAGAAGAACAUUCAUGGAUUUAUUCACAGAGUAUUCUUCAACGGUCCCAUUUACCGUAUGUAUAUACAUGAUGCACACUCCCUGUUUCACGCUUUCUCGAUGAAAAUCUCAAAUAAAUUUAGUACAAAAAUUUCUUAUGUGACAGUAUUAUAUAUUUUUUUACGGUGAGUACAUAGAGUUCUCCCCAUUUUCAGUAUUUGGACGACAAUUUUAUGGUCCAUACGACCCGAGCAAAUCAUUACCAAGGUCAUAUGAUUCACUUCAGUUUCUAAUUAAGAUAAUUGUCAAUCUUUUAACAUAGAUUUUAGUAGAAAAGACCACCAACUUCACUUACAUGUCUGUCGUUGUGUUGAUACUAAAUGAGGAUAUUUCUUUGUGAUGGGUUGGAGAGAUUUUCAGCAGAAAAAUAAAUGGAAUUCUAGCACCAUAAAGGGCAGAAGGAUAGUGCUUGUGAGCAAUCUUUUGUGUAUUCAGAUAUUAGGGAUGGGAUUAUCUCUGUGGAAUGAGGAUGUGCCUUUGUGAAGCACCAUAUCAGUGUUCAUUUGUUCCUGAAAUAUUAAUCUUCAUAGAAGGCUGGAACAAAAGAAACAUUACUUAUGAGACUAUUUCUACUUGUAGGUAAUUAAUUACAGGUCACACAGUGUACUCUCUAUUCAUGAAAAAGGAGGAAAAUUAUGUCAAAUGAGUAAAGGGUAGACAAAACUCAUGAACUUUUUUACAUCAUAGGAUCUCGCAGCUCACUGGUAAACAUGGAAGCACGACCCCUGACCUCUGAUAUGUUGACAAGACGCUGUGUGGUAACAAGGCUAUCAGAUCUCACCAUUGAUAAAUUUAAGGAUGCUGUACAAACCCUUGGGGCAGGGGCAGUACUGAUUCUGCUCCCAAAAAAUACAUCUGUGGCUUCCCUUGAACAGUUGGAGGUAGAAAUUCUUAUAAAAGAGUUUAAUUGAUGGCCUGCUUAGCUGUUAAAAUCUGCUACUUAACUACCCUCUAAGAUGGAGUCAGGAAGAACAUCUUGGCAAACUAACUUGACUCCUUCUGAAUUCCAUUUUCAUUCUCGCAGUACUAUGCUGAGCAUAGUAUUGAUGCUUAGUAAUACUCUUAAUUGGAUGGCUUUUCACUGAGGUUAUUGUUUCUGUCCAUUUUGUUAAAGAAGUAUUCAACAUGUGCCUGAUGAUUUGUUCUUUGUUUGAAAUUUAAAUCAAUUCUAUGCAAUGUUUCAAGGUUUUUUUUCUCCAAGAAUAUGAGGCAAGAGGAGAUAGAUAAACAAUAGCCAGUAAUUGGCAGUUUAUUACUUAACAAGUUUAGGUGAAAGGAGACUGCAAAAUUUCAUUUUUGUGGUUAUUUCAGACAUGCAAAUAUACUUGUUCAAGGAAAAGGAGUUGACUCUGAAUUCCUUUUUGAGCAGUGAAGUGUUUAAAAUCAUUUCAGUUUCUUAAUGAAGUUAUCUAAGAAAGUUGUCUAAGUUACCUUCAUAGUAUAUAGAGAACUAAGAGCUAUUUAAACAAUUUAUGUACACUGUAUGUAUAUGUAUACCCCUGGAAAUUUUAUGCAGGUCAAAUUUUUUUAAGAGUGCAUGUACAUGUAUCUCGGACAUGUAGAGUUGCUGAUGCCCUCAAAAUGUUGAACAGAGUAACCUGCAUGUAUUUUGAACAUUCCCCUUUUUUCUUAGGAGUGGCAGCAACUGGAGAGAGAUCUUAUGACUGUUGAAGUUCCAGUGGCUGUAUAUUUUGCUUAUGAAGACAAAGAGUUAUCAAAAAUUUAUGAUGAUAUCAAAACAGCUGUGACCAGUGACCAGGCUGGUUCAGCAUUUGAAGGUAUGUAACAAAUUCUGUAUUUUUAGAUCAGGUAAGGAAAGGCAAAAGAUGUGCAAUAAGAGUUGUUGGUAAAAAGACAAAACCACUUGUAGCCUAUGAGUCAGAAGGUUAGUCCUUCCAAGCUACAAUAGUUUUCAGGAGCCUGGAAUAAGAAGUAUGUAGCAUUCUGUCAAUAUUCAAGGGGUUUAAUUCUCCAUAGAGACUCUUUGGCAAGACAAACAACAUCUUUAUCAGUUUCUCAGACUUUUUGCUGCUAGCAUUUUGUACUCCUGGAUAGAGUAGAGAGGUACUGUGAAAGUUUAAGUGUCUUGUUCGAGGACACAACAAGGGCUUGAGCCCAAAGUCCAGCUCAUUGGUUCUGGGGAUACCCAGGCCUUAUCAGUCUUAACUAAUACUUGUAGACCCUUUUAUUACUGGUGAAACAUUAAGGUGAAUUCCUAAUGUACCCAUAACUGAGUUGUAUUACAUUUUUAUACAUGUAGCUACUGUAUGAUCAAGUUUAGAGAGCAAUGAUUUUGGUAGUCUUUGAGUUUUUACCAACAAUUUACAUGUUAGUUGAUAUUUCUUGACUAUGUGAUUUUAGCUUUACUUGGAGUUGCAUCAGCUAGUGGAUACCAAAUGGUCGUGAAUGUUGGAGAAGCCAAACAGAUUAAAGAUGCAGCUAUUACAAGUUUACAGGUAUCAUUCAGAUUAAAUUUUUGAUUUACCAUUUAAUUACAUAAUUACUGUAUACACCAGUUUAUAAACUGCACUCACAGCUACAAACAGAUUUUUGCAACUCAAAUUUGGAGAAAAUGUUUUUGAAAAACAAAUUUUGAGUGGACUCUGGAUUGAAAAAAUUAUCAAUAUUUUUUUGAUUUGAAAAUCCUUUCUCCAUGAAUCGCACUCAGUUUGGUUACAUACCAUGCCUUAUCUGAGCCGAGAGGAGAAAGGAGAACAAGAGCUUUGUUAAAAGCCACUUUUGUGCAGAUGAAUUGCCUUGAGUGGAAGAGAACUUUGCAACAUUUUGAACAUUUUUAUAAAUGGAGUGCAUUUAUUUUGUUAGAACACACUAUGAUUUGAUUUCUAUUUAAAGGUGAUUUUAUUUUGAUUUGAGUAGACAAGAACUUUUAACCUGACUUUUAAACCAUUAACUUGCUCAUUUUAGUCUGCUGCUCUAACCUCUAGCAGCAGGAGAUUCAUGCUUAGUUUUGUGAGUUUUUUUCUGUUGUUGAUUUUAGGGGAAGUUGUCAGGAAUGGGAAUUGAUGAACAACUACCCACUAUUGCUGUUGUAGCUCACUAUGAUGCCUUUGGCAUAGCGCCAGUAAGGCAAUUGUUAACUUGCAGUGAAUGUUAAGACUUGCUCUUAAACUUUAUAGUUUACAUGUAGCUGUUCAGAGGAAUGACCCUAGUAAGGAUUUAUGAGUCCUGAGUUUUUGUAUCAAGGUGAUACUUUGUGUGCUGGUAGAAAGGAAACGAUUAAUAUUAUAAUAAUAGGUGUUUUUAAACCAAUAAUUGAUGAAAUCUGAAGUGCAAUGAUAGUUAGUGCAUGAACAAUUGUAUGCAAUAUUUUAAAAUGUGUGCAAUAUUUAUCUUGUAUUUAUAUAAUCUCUUUUCUUUUUAGAGUAUUUCUUUUGGAUCAGAUGAUAAUGGUAGUGGAGUUGUGGCUCUUUUGGAAUUGGCAAGAUUGUUUUCAAGGUUAGUAAGAAAUUUGAUUCAUACUUUACUUCAUUUAAAAAACAUCAAAACAACAGGAUGCAACAUGGCACAUCCUUUCAUUGCAAAACACACAGCAUCAUGAUACAGCUUUGAAGACUGAAUUUGAGGAAUUGACUUUCACACUUGCUACCAAAUGCUGAUGAAAUUUAACUUAUUGUACAUCUGCAGACAUGUACAGUCUGUGCCUCAAAUAUGUAAUAAAACCUCAUAAUGGCUACAGUUGUACAUGUAUGUAAAACAAAAACCCUUUUAGGCUGAUUUUUACAUGCCUCAAAUAGAAGAGAAAGUAAAGCCUGCAGCAAAAAUUUUAAAUUCAGACAACAGGAUGCUAGAACAUUUCAAACAACAGCAAUCAAUAUAAUUUCCAUUUGUUGGGUAAACUUUGAUGCAUUCUCUGUGAUUUUUUCAGAUUGUAUGCAGAUCCUAGAAUGCAAGCAAGGUAUCCUUUUAAUUACUGAAUACUCUUUUGAAGUAGCACACUUACUGUUUGAUAGUUUGAUGUAGAAACAAGUCUUCUAACCUACUGGUUUACCUGAUAAUGUAAAUUUUCUUAACAUUAUAAAGAUAUAAUUUGGUGUUCUUUCUGUCUGGUGGAGGAAAAUUCAAUUAUCAAGGGACAAAAAGAUGGCUUGAAGACAAUCUCGAUAACCCAGGUAGGUACUUGUAGAUAUGUGUACACAAGAGUCAGGAGUGGUGAAAAGAAAAUUGAGUGUUCAAAAAAUCAGAAUUGAACUGUAUGCACUUAACGUAUCAAGAAUUCACCCUUCUCACCCAACCAUUAGUAUUGGUAUUCUCCAUAUUGUUCACCAUAUAUCCUAAGGAGCUGAUUAGGAGAAUUUUUUCAACAAUCAAGAGUUUCUUUAGUUAGUGGUCAUUUUCUCUAUUCUGGUGACUUAAAUGUGUGAAUCAAGGGUGAUAUUGUGAGGAGAAAUUAAACACUUAUCCCUUUUAGGUUCCAAGGAUCAAAUCAUCAAUUUCUGACACUACUGAACUUCUUUUGGACAAUUGUUUCAUGACUUGUUGAUUUGCAUGUCCCAACAGAAACAAGUGUACUCAGUGAUGUGGACUAUGUGUUAUGUCUGGAUAGCAUUGGGAAGACAGAUCAUAUGUUUUUACAUGUUUCCAAACCUCCUAAAGAAGGAACUCCUGCAUUUUCUUUAGUAGAGGUGAGUUCAAUAUAUCUCAUUACACUUGUUGGUGUGUAGUAUCGCUGAGCACUUUUGAGUCAUACCGCAUUUUGAUGAGCCCUCAGGGUGAGUCAAAUACAAACUUAAAGUGUUUGCAGUAGCGGUCAGGAAAACAAGGAUGACUAUAAUAGCCAUGCAGACUAUAGCAAAUUUCUAUCUUAUCAAACCAUCUGAAAACCAGUUCAAAUGAUUGGACUUGUAAGGUAAAAGUUACUCAGAGUCAACAACCAUGAUGAAUUGGACUAAGACAACACCCAGAAUACGUCCAAAGUUUCAGAUUGAAUAAACUCCACCACGGAAAGUCAUCAUCAGCUCUAUAAUUGUAUAUCUACAUGUAGGCUCUACUUUUUGUGAGUUAAGACACUGUUCAUUAACUUAAGUAUCUUAUUCUUCAAUCCAACAGGAAUUUAAAAUGGUAAGUCAAUUUCCAACUUAUUCGGAUGAAUAUAACAACUCAGGGCUCCAUUGUAUUUAACAGCUAAUGUUGUAAAAAGAUUGCAAUUAAAAAGGUAAAAAUAAUUGUAACCACAAUACCUAAUGAUGUUUUGUGCAAAUGUUUAUCUCAGUCAAGCUGUAGACAAAAAAACACAACACUUCAUCAUGUUGCUACAUAACCACUUAGUGCAGAGGUGCUAGUUGGUAGCAUUUGCUUCAAAAUUUGUCACUUGAUUUUUUUUCACAUUCCAUAGCAACCAAAAUAGUGGUGGGGCAGUUGCAUUACUACCUCUCAGCAAUUGUACUGUCCUGUAGGUGUAGAUGCUAACUGAUGUUAGCAAUUCUUGAUUCUCUUAUUUUCUCAUUUAUUGUUAAGUCAAGUUAUCAAUUAAUUUGAAUUAUGUUCCAUCACUCUUUUAGGUCGCAAAAGAAAUAUUCAAGGAACUCAACUUUACUAUGGUCCACAAGAAAAUUAACUUGGCAGAGGAGACAUUGUCAUGGGAACAUGAAAGAUUUUCUCUGCACACACAGCGUCUUCCAGCUGGUACAUUAUCUCAUUUGGAGGACCCACAAGUUUUAGGAAGGUCAUCAAUCUUUGAUGUUAGGUGAGAUUACUUCAUCAUUUUCUUGUCUUUUGUUUGUAUUUUUUUAUUGGCCUUUUUUGUUUUGUUUUAGCUGCCAAAAAUUAGCCCACAUAAACCAAAACACGUACAUGUACAUGUAUUUUAUAUUUGACACUAGUUGCUUAUAUUACUUCAGCUGUCAACAUCACAUGUUGUCUCCAGCUUCUGAAAAACUAGGUAGAAUUAUAACUUUUUGGGAGGAAACUCUUUAUUUACAUACAAAAGAAGUGAGUUGUUUAUGUACUUGUAUGAAAUGAAUGGUUUGCCCAUUGAAUGUUGAUUGCAUCUCCACUUAGGAGGAAAUGUUAAUAUGGCUGCAAGUUAGGGGUUAAGCUCUGCUCUGACCCGCUAGCAGAGUAAAAUACUAUAACAAUAUAUAAUGUUUUCAUGUGUUGAAGAACAAAAAUAAAAGUUAGACAUAAAUUGAACUCACAAAGUGUGCAAAGCGCUUCAAAUAAUAACAUUGUGGUUAACAUCCUUUUGUAAUUAUAAGUUGGGUCAGUUCUCUAAACUAUGGUAGAGUUUGCAGUCUGAAAACUGCAAUUUCAUAAUGUAUUCCUAAAUAGUGCUGCAGUAAAGUUUCUCUUGUUAGACAUUCAUCAAUCAUUGAAGAUAAGCAACUCUUUUUUAGGAAGUAAAUUCUGUUUGACUGGUCUUAUGCUCUAAUAAACCCCAGUUUACUCACUUAUUACAUGUUCAUUUUACUUUUAAUAGUACAUUACAAAAAUAAAAAUACUUAUAUUUAUUUAGUUUUAACAUGUAAGAUGAUGCUGAUUUGCACUAUGCAUAUUUUUUUUCAAAAAAGAACCACACGGUAUAAUGUAUGAUAAUGACAGCACUUUUCAUUUUAAAACUUUUGAUUUUGUGGUCAUCUUUGGCUUUUAUUGGCGAUGUGAAUGUUGACAUACACGUGACCUUCUUUCCCCUUUUUUAUUUUCAGAUCUUCUGAGAAUGAUGGGAAAUUAGAGCGCAAUGUAGAGUAUAUUGCUGAAGUUCUGGCCAGACAUGUUUUUAAUUUAACAACAAAGGUGAGCUCUAAAUGGGCAAAUUGUGAUCACAAAAAGGUUGGGAUUGUGUACAGAACCAGGUUCACUUGCAUACAUGUACUUUUACAUGUACAUUUAGCUGCCAUGGUUAAUAUUAAUUUCUGUUGCAUGGAGGGACUGGGAGUUAUAUUGUAUUCAUUUUUCUUGGGUUGGCCAGGAGUUGGUUAAAGACUGCCCCUAAGCAUUUUUUCAGGCUUUGUUAGCCUCUUUCCUUUUACAUAUUUAUACUUAAGUGGCAAUAGGCCAUUUCAGAGUCCUUGCGGUUCAGAGAUCUGGUACCAAAACUACAGUAUAAGAACAGUUAAUGUUUUGUUUCAUUGCUCUCUUAUUUUCAAUAACUUGGCAAGUGGUGACUAUUAUUUGUUUUGAGUGAUCAUUUUUGUGUUUCUUGGCUGCUGCUUCUUCCCACUUUAAAUAUGCUUUUUGUAUUUAUCUUUUUUUAAGAGGAUUGUGGUCAAUAAUUAUGGGGACCCAACCUUUUACCUGCAUUUUGCAAGAGUACUUGUAUUCUUAAGGCAAUGAAGUUGAAUGUUCAUGCAUAGCCUUAGGAAGGAUAAUGCUAUAUACUGUGAGUGGUUAGUUUCAACAGUUGCAUUUUGUAUUCUUUUUGGCAGGGUUAUCCAGAGAAUAUGAGAGUGUUCAGUGCUUCAAUGGUGAGUUGGCAAUAAGUUUAAAGUCAGUGAAGCUCCAAAAACCUAAUAAAAUAUCCACUUUACAUGUAGUUACAAGCUCACUACUUUUAUCACUUGUUGCAAACCUUGUUGACUGGCUUAUUAUUUUGAUGAAUGGUUCCUUGAUCAGUGAUGUUUUUCUCAUGAUUUGGAGCUACAUUGUACAUGUACUUGCACUAACCUUAGACUCUGAAGCUGAUAGGAAUUUUAAAAUUAUUGAUGUAUGUUUGUUUUUCUUCAAACCAAAAUAUAUGAAUUUCAUGUCUUAAUUUCACCAGGCUGUAGAUUCACAUUUUGUGAAAACAUGGAUGGAUUAUCUUGGAUCCCAAGCACGGGCAGCUCAGCUUUUUCAUAAAGACCAUCCAUUUCUUACUGGAUUAGAGCAGGUAAAAAUGAUCUUGACUCUUGGUAUUGUCUAUUUUGCUAAAAGAACUUGGGAAAUAAAGUCAUCAAUAAGCUCUUUGGUGAGGAGAUGGAAAAUGGUCAGUUUGGGUCCCAGAUGUAGUUUCUUUUUUAUGAAAUGUGGUAUUAGAUUAGAACGGGUAAAUUAGUGUAAUUUUGUAAUAAAACCCUUGAAUAAUUAUAAUUUGUAUACAUGUAAUGGAAAUGUGUUUACUUACAUUCACAGACUUUCUCAAAAUUUGUCAAAGAUGUUAAGAGAUUCUCAGCAAAAGCUGAUAAAAGGUGAGAAGCUUUAUAAAAGUCAAUGAAAAUUUGAUGUGAAAUUUUUGCACAUUGCAUACUGAGAUUGAAAUACCAAACUUUUUUGCGCAGAACUUCACCAUUUUUACCAUGUCAACAGUAUGCAUGUGUGAUUGAGGUCACAGUUCUCUACUCUGCACUUCUUUGUUUGCUGUACAUGUAACAUUUUAGAAAUCUCUCAAACAUUUAAGACUUUCUAAACCAGUUUUAAUUAUAUUGUUUUAUGUGCAUGUUUUUAGGGACCCUGAGUUCGUCUUUUAUGACCGGCCUGAUGCAACGAUGUUUGCGUACAGGUAAGAAAUGGGAAUUGAAAGAUAGUCCUUGUGUAUUGUUGAUUUACCCAAUGCACAUCUAUGAAAGAUCUUUUAUGGGGAAAAAAACUUCUUGAGGAAAUAUUUAUUGAAAAAGUUGAUUGGUGGUUUUCUUGUAGAUUUAAAACAUGACAACUACAUUGCACUCCAAAUAAGGUUGAAACAAUUACUUCAGAAGUUUUGUUCCACUAGAGUAUAACUUUCUGAAUUUUAUUAUUUAAAAAUGGUGUUUUCUCAUUUAAUUUUGUUUAAGGAAUUGCUGCAUUUUGACCAAGUCAAUUGGAUUUACAUGUCACAUGUCUUUUUAUAAAUGCAGCUUGUAGAAUUUUGUAUGUUUUUUUUUUCAGGGUGAAGCCAGCCGUCUUUGAUUUGUUUCUAGCACUUGGUAUUGCAUCAUAUCUGGGAAUGUUCUAUCUUGCUCUUGUGGUAUGUAAUUAAUUAUGAAAAAUUUUUGUAACUUAAAGCUACAUGGUCUGUAAUUGCACAGUCUGAUCAGUGCGUUUCAGCUUGUCAUGCAGAAUGAUUAUUUAAGGAACGAUAGGAGAGAAGGUUUUGGCAACUGUGAUUGUCAGAAGCUCGUCUCUGGGCACUGAUACCCUCCAUUUAGGUUGUCGCAGCAUCAUCAUGAACAUUAUUACAUGUAUUUCAAUUCAUAGAUCACUUUUAUGAUCAAGGUGUGCAUGUACUAAUCGACUUUAAAACUACCCCACUCAGGUCUUUCAAAUUUAGUAUCUAUUGAUAAAAGGUUUACCUACACUUUUGCUUUUUUAUAAACAGAACUUCAACAUUUUAACUGAAAUCCUUCCAAGACCUGUGUCAAACAUGAAGGCAAAACAACCUUGAUCAAAGUAAGCAGGACUGGAGAUAUUAGAGCCUUUUUUUUUUCAUGAGUGGAUUAUUUCAGACACGUGAUGUUUCAUAAUAUUGAUCAGAGGUCAAGAAAUGUUGUUGAAUUGUAUUGUAUUGUAUCGUAUUUUACUAUUUUAUAGCCUAGGAAAGACAUUAAAUCAUUCCGAUCAGUCUUACCUAUGUUCUCUUUUCAAACUGGCAUAUGGGCAUAUUGAGCAUUGCCAUGGACAGUAAAAGAGUCAUGUCAUAUCCAUUUGGUGGUAGACAUGUCAAGCAAAGCAAAAUAAAAUACAAAUUGGAAAAGCUUUUUAUCUUCAAAAAGUAUCAGUUUACUUUGGAGUGUGAAGGAAGCAGGGUAUCAAGGGAAAUAUUCUUUCCUGAGGCUUAUUCUCAGUGACAUGAAAGAUUUUUUUACAUGGUGGUUUGAUUCACAAGCUUGUGUUUGAUGCCCAGUCAUUCCAGGGGACUUUUAGUAUGGGAAAGCAAAAUAAUGGCCACUUCUCCCUUUUUUGUGGUUUUGGUUUUGUUCUUGAUUAUUUUGCUUUUUGUACAAUAUCCAAGUAAUACAAUGGUUCGUGCACAGCUGGAUUCAAAAGGCCCUAUUUUGACAAUUAAGUGUGGCAAGGAUCAUUGUGUAGUACUUGAAGCAAGACACUUUUCUCACCUUGCUUCUUUCUACUCAAGGCCAGGUUUUACCAAACCUCGUUUCACUAAUUUGGGAUUUGACACGCAAGGGGACGAGUAUGGUCAGGGUGGGGCACUGGUAUGCCAUCUUGGUAUGUCUUGUGUCUAUGGAAACUGAAAAUAAGCCCCCGUAGUAUAUGGGCUACUUGGCACAUAUGCAAUAUGAAUUUUCUUUCUUUAAGAAAUGUACUCUCAUCUCAGAUGGUAACAAGGUUUAAAGACUUGGUGACAAACAUCGAUGAAUCUGAAAUUUCUAGCUUGUUUUUUUAGACAUGUUCUCUCUUAUGUCCACUUCCUGUUUUCAUCACCACACCUCCAUACAAUGAAAGAAAUAGUAAGUUUGUUUACUGGCCAUUGAGCUAAUUUUCAUGUACACAUUUAUGAUUGGUUCAUGCGGCUU